GCCGCCGAAGUCGUCCCUGAUGGCUCAGGCGACCGCGGCUGCCACUCCGAGCUUCAUGCCGCCCCCCAUCUCGUUCUCAAAGUCUCUUCCGAGCGCUGCAUCGUCUUCCGGGGCCGCGUCUUCUUCCGUCGCCCUCCCUCCGAGCGCCUUCACGACGCUUCCUCCCUCCGCGCUGAAGGACGUACUAUCCGACCCCUCCGCGUUGAUUCUUGACAUUCGACCGCACAAUGCUUACGCGCAAGCCCGCUUGCCUAAUGCACUGUCGCUUUCGGUUCCGUCAACCCUCCUUAAACGCCCAUUGUUCUCGCUAUCCAAGUUGGCGGAUAUGCUUCCUACGUCCUCCGCCCGGGAGAAGUUCUCAAAGUGGCCAGAGGCGUCACGUAUACUUGUUUACGACGCGGACUCUGCGUCGAUACCCCAGACACAGGCGAGCAACCUGCUCGGGUUGAUGCGCAAGUUUCGCGGAGAAGGAUUUCCGCAAGAGCGAGAAGUAGCUUGGCUUCGGGGAGGUUUCCACGCAGUAUGGCGUGACUACCCUGAUCUCGUGAGUCAAGAACCGCCUGCGGAGGAGGCGGAGGACGACGAUAUGCAGGCGGAAGCUGAGGCUGCGCCUAUGGGCAAAACGAUGUCUGCACCUCCGGCUACACGAGCUCUUCGCGCAAAGCAGCUGCCGAUGUCUGCCUUUACGUCUGCCACGACCAUUCCGUUGCGACCAAGGGCGAUGCCUCCACCGACAUCUGUGCCUAUGCAGCUCGUACCGCCGACGCCCGCAAUGCCUCGCGAAGACCCGUUUGCGAAGGUGUCUGCCAUUCCCCCAACACCUGCAUUCGAGACCGCACCGCCUAUGCCAGCCCCCCAGCGAUCUGGAGAUUUUGCGCUGCGGCUUCCGCCCAUGGGUCGCCCGAAGACCGUCGGGGGAACAAGUGGGCCACGAGGUCCAUUGUAUAGUAUGCCUACAUUGUCUCCUCAGUAUACGCACUCUGGUGCGUAUAAUCGCAAUACGAGCUUCUCCGUCCCAGGUCGACAGGUCGCGUUCAACCCCUUCUUUGACACCAUUCGGCAGAACAUCGAGCUCGGCAGCAGAGACGCAAAGGGCGCGCAUGGAGAAGGCAUACCACUCAAGCUCCCCAGGCGUGUCCGCCAACGGGUCGGUGAGUUGCCGUUCGAGUGGAUCCGCCAAAUCGCCAGGAAGAGCCGGCGCGUCACGGACAGCAGUAGCACUACUGAGGACAGCGACUCGUCCGCCAGUGAUAUCGAUCUGCCCGGGGUGCAGCCAACACCUCGUCCGGAAAUUCUGGGGUCAGGCGCUCCUUCACGUCCGCCGAGAUUCGAUGCGAUGGCCCGUCGCUCGCCUCCGAAAUCGCGAUCGUCAUCUCCAUCACAACCGAUACCCAUCCCCCUCACGCACCCCCGAGCGGACGGGUCUUCGUCAUCACCAUCAAGCCCGACGCCCUCGUCACAUUCGCGCUCCCCACCCGAUGCGGAGGAGCUCACGCGAGCACUCGAAUCCCAGUUCUACAACAUAGAGCUGGGCGAGCAGAAGCGCUUACUCGGCGUCAUGGAACGGCAUAGUAUGGAGAGCGGGAAGGUCAUACAGGAGGGCGGCGGUGUGCGCGGAGCUCUCGGGGCUUUCCCGCAAGGCAAGUCCACCCAGGGGAAGCCUCUAGUCAGUGCCAGCACGGUCGGCCAGGUCGACGCAGAAGACCCCGCAGCCGUGGGCGAGGACGCCAUGGCGUCCUUCCCGUAUAGCAUUACUGCUGGGUUGGAGAAAGGCGCCAAGAACAGGUAUCGGAACAUCUGGCCUUUCGAGCACGCACGCGUAAGGCUGCGGAAGACGAAACCGGACGACGACGAUUACAUGAACGCUAGCUACGUGCAGCCGCUCGGGACGACUAAGCGAUACAUUGCGACGCAAGGCCCCUUGCCUGCUACAUUUGCGGACUUUUGGACGUUAUGCUGGGAGCAAAAUGUCCACGUCAUCGUCAUGCUGACGCGCGAGAUCGAGGGCUCUUCCGUGAAGUGCGGAAAGUACUGGGAGGAGGGCUCGUACGGAACCCUUCGUCUGCGUUUGCUGGAAACAAACGACACACCCGAGCGGGAGCAGAAACGCCGCGAUGUUGAGAUCAACAGCGGAUUUUUCCGCGCGCACGUCCCACAGGCCAAACCGAAGGCCGAGCGGAAGCCGAAGGAGAAAGGGAGCCGCGAACGAGAAGACUCUUCGACCAUCAAGCGCGUCUUCGAGUUGACGAACGCCGCAUACCCCCAUGCACCGCCGCGAGUUGUGACGCAGUUCCAGUACCUGGAGUGGCCCGACCUGAACGUCCCCGAGGAUCCCCGUGGCGUGCUCAACCUGAUUCGCCAGGUCGAAGAUGCCGUUGAGCAGUCUCGCAGCGCCGGAGAGAAGCAGUGGGGCGAGGGUCCGCUGCACCGGAGGACGCGUGUCAAGAAGACGAGCCCAGAGCGGCCCACGCUUGGGAACACCGCCGCGGCUGGUGCAGAUCCUUCGGGCCAAGUUGACCCCGUCACGGGCGUUUCCUUACUCGCCAAGGAGAACGCGCCGGUGCUGCUGCACUGCUCCGCGGGGGUGGGACGCACGGGAGGCUUUAUCGCUGUGGACGCUGUCCUCGACGGCAUCCGGCGCGAGAUGCGGAAGCGCAAGGAGGGCAAGGUCAAGGAGACGGCCACGGUGGAAGAAGCGUCAACCUUCGGGCAGGGGCGGUCUGGCACCGCCAGCUCGAGCCGAAGCCAGAGCACAACAAGGAGCAGGAGUCGCAGCCCGAGCAUCGUCAGCCCCACGCCGGAUCUCAUGGAGAUCGACUCGGUCCCCAGGACGCUCGCGCGCGGCCAAGAGGUCUCCCAGCUCACGGCACCGGUAGACGCCGGCGAUCGCGAGGUUCAUGUUCCUGUCGCGGGGUUCACGGACGCAGUGCCCAUGGACAUCGACGAGCGGCAGGAAGCGACGGCGAUCAACGUCAAGGCACCCGUCCCGUCUACGUUCGCGUUCAAGCGCGGAGAUGUGCCUCCACCGCUCAUGCAGGCUUCUCCGGAGUUAGUGGACGAGGUCAGGCGCGCGACGUUCCGUGCCUGGCCCGCGACGUCCCUGGGGAUGGCGUCGCCGUUGGCCGGGCCGUCGAUGCCGCCGUUGGCAAAUGCGUCAGUCCACCGCGGCGCGUCGAGCGUCCUGUCGGGGAGCAGCUCCGACUCAUUUGCUCGCACCAGCUCCGUCGCCAACUCGCGCUCGCGUUCGUCCGUAAGCCCGCCCACAAGUCAAACGGACAGCUCAACAAGCGUGAUGGUCGGCAAGACGGCCCGGCUCACGAUGGCAAGUCCCUCGCCACCGACGAAGGAAGUCUCGCUACCACCGAGCGACGCAGCCAACGAUCUUCUGCCGUCCUCAGCGAGGCCCAAACCCACGCCUGCCGGGCAAAUGCAGCAGGGGCCAGAGGGUGCGCAUCAUGCUCCGUCGCGGCCGUCUUCUCAGUCGCAUCGGCUCAACUCGUGGAGGUCAGAAGUGCAGUCUUCGGACCUCGGGCUGAUAGAAGAAUCGUCCGUGCCCACGCCCUCCAACUCCACCAAGCCGUCGCACUCGAGCUCAAGCGAUACCGUCACGGGUGGGUCGGAGGCUGCUGCUCCGGUCGGCCCGCCGUCGCCGGAUCUGAAGGAGCCGCGGAGACUGCACGACGACAGCACACCGCCGCUGUUGUCGAUGUAUGAAGACCCGAUCCGGCGCGUGGUCGAGGACAUGCGCGAGCAGCGCAUGAGCUUGUGCCAGAGCCUGCGCCAGUACGUGUUCGUGCACCGGGCCAUCAUCGAGGGUGCCCUCGUCAUCGUCGACGAGGAGAAGAAGAGGAAGAACAGCCUCCAGGAGUCUGCGGAAGUUGGUUCGAGCAAGACGCAGGUCUCCCCUAUCCUCGAAGCACCUCGGGCCAUAUCACCGGUCUCCAGCAUGUUGGUCGAGCCCGCCCAGGCCUCGGCAGCAGAAGGCGUGCACGCCCAUGGCGUACGCCUCGGACAAGCGUUCGUGCCUUCUGACGAGCGUGAAGUCUCGCGGAAGCGCAGCUACCCGGAGUUUGUCGCCGGGAACACAAUCGUCGAGGGCGUGGUCUCGCCCGCGAGCGUUGCGUCGCCUGGUCGUCCCAAGCGCGUUGGGAGCCCAGCCGAGCUGACCAAAGAGGACGUCGACGGCGGGGUGCUACUCACGAAGCGGCCAAGUGUCAAGCGCAGGCAGAGGCCGAGCGACGUGAGCGGACAGCGCCCGACAUUCGACGCGGUUCUUCUCAGUUCGCAACCGCCUUCGGACGCGCGGUAGCCCGCCAUUUUACCCCGGACUUUUCGGAUAUCUUUUCUCUUCGCAUUUUCGUUCCUACAUCUCUAUUUCUACUCCACUCUUGUUCCUCCCACCGUAUCGCUCUGGGCGUCUCACGCUCCUGCCUCCCUGUCCGUUGGAGGUUGUAGUAUCUACUUGUACAGUUUCUUGUGCUCGUAUAUUUCCAUUCCACGCAUUUCUUCCAUAUGUACCUCUGCCAUUAAUCAUCUGCCCUCUCCACAUCCGCACCAUGUAUCCGUCCGCCCGUCCGCCCGCCCGUGUUGUCCAGCCCAGUCCAUUCACCCGUCCACGCACGCAAUGGCACGCCCUCCGUCGCAUCUGCUCUC